AUCUCGUCCCCGUCCCUUCCCUUGCCUUCGCAUCCCGACAAUCCAAAAUCUAAAUCCAAUCCCGUUCCGGCUCAUCAUCAUCCUUCUUGCAAACGCAUUGCGAACUAGAUAUUUAGCAGUAACUGAAGAUGACAGCCGGGCAAAGUCCUGAAGCCGGACUAAUGUAACUCCAGAUCACUGGCACACAGAUUUGACACCAGAAAAACACAGGCCGACAUCACAUCACGACCAAGAAAACAGGACUUGGGAGGACCCCACAGAACGCACAGCAUACCUAGGUGUCGCUCUGCCACCCCAGCGCCGUUUGUACCGGCCCUAGCAGAAUCUACGGCACCUGCGAACUGGCAUUUGUUGCCCUCACCUGUAGCUUACUGCAGUGAUCUGAGUAUGUGUCAUCCUAACAACAGCACUAAAGAAAGCACAGUGCAGUGUUCACCCGCGCCACCCCACGCGGUUAUUCUGAAGUUCUCCUGGGGAAGCAUCAACGUCCUCGACUCGAGAGGCAGAGCAGACCAGCAGACAACGAAGCACAGCACAGCACAGCACAGCACACACCUGCAGCCUUCAAUCAUCCUCCUGCACAUCAAGCAUCCCCAGCCGGCCCUGGAGGGACCCCCGUUUCGUAAUUCAAGCACAGCAGGCUGGCAUCUGGUGGCAUCGUGCAAGCCCUGGCCAGGGGCCACAGGCGUCGAUCUCGCUGUAAUUGGAUCUUUUGCGGCGGGCUCCAUCGCCGGCGCACCCCCAGCCCAGCCCAUGCCAGGCCCUGGUCUCUGGUCUCUGCUCCCUGUCACUGGUUACGCAGAGGCGCUCCCCUGUCUGCAACUGUAUCCGCUUCCACGCCCACGCCCACGCCCAUUCUACUGUACAGUACCAGUAGCCCAGCCGAGCCAAGAUAGGGCCCUCUGGAUGCGCUAGAGCCCUAGGGGAAAGACUAAUGCUAAGGCUAAGCCUACCCUAUCCUACCCUACCUAGCAUCUGUUCUCCACAAUCACAAUCCGGCACCACGUCUACUUUCGUCUGGUCGAUUUGGACUUGCCUGGCGUUCCAUUCCUCAUCUCGAACCCUCCAAGUUCAACAUCGACACCAUUACCAUUACCAUUACCAUCACCGCCCCAGCCUCAACCUCAACCUCAACCACCUCAGCACCCAGCACCAGCAUCGUCCCACGGCGACGCAUCGCCGCCCGUACUGCAGCGCGUACUCCGCUGUGCGCAACAAUGGCUAAGGAGGUCCUGGAUUCCAACAGGAUUAACUAUCUCAUCUGGCGGUACGUGUUUCCUCGUGAUCCACUCAAUCGGGUUGGGUUUUCAGGUACAGGACUGCCGUCGCUAACGUGAGAAUGUGCUUGCCUCACAGGUAUCUCGUAGAAUCAGGUUGGUAUCCCGACUCAGGAGCUCUUCUGCCCUCUAUGAGAGAACUAAUCACCCCCUUCUAGACUACAAAGAGACUGCUGUUCGGCUUCAGCAGGAGUGGAACAUUCAAGAUCCGCAACAGCUUUCAUUCGCACCCCAUGUCACGAAUCAUGCACUAGUGGCGGUUUUGAACAGAGGACUGCUGUACAAUGUCCAGGAACGCGAGCUCACACAGCUUCCAGAGCCCCCUCGCGAUGUUCCUGCCCCUGCAUCUGGAUUUUUCGGGCCUUUAAUGCCAGCAUCGCCGCCAGCCGAAGCUGAAGAAGAUCAUGAAAAUCUCAGAAAACGGCAACUUGACAACGAUCAACCCCAACAUCCGCCAGGACCACCAGGGAAGCGACCCCGGCUCAGCAAUGGCUACGAAAAUGGAAAUGGGAACGGGACUGCAUUCGAGCCAACUCCUAUGGAUGUCGACGAUGAUCAGAACGGUGACGAGAACGCCUAUCCGUCGCCCGAGCAGCUCCCCUCACCUGUCGUGGCCACGAUCGGACCGGAACAGGGCACUCAGGUCGAGAAGGUCAACGAACUCUCGACCGAAACGAUCUUCCUCGAGCUCUCAGAGGACCCUUCGUCCAAAAACGUUGUUCUCCUCCAAUGCGAGUUCAGUCCACGUGAUCCGUCGCUCUUGGCAGCUGCCGGCACCGACGCCCUCGCCCGCAUGUGGAGCCUCUCGCGAAUCAGCCCGGACUCAACUUCUGGUUCCGAAAGCCCCGGUAAGGCUACGUAUGCGCCUCAUCAAAAUCUUCUUGACGACGGUGUAUCUCCGAAUACUACUGUCACUGGCCUGGCAUGGUCAUCUAAUGGCGCAGUCAUUGCAGUAUCAAGUGAGCCAAUCGAAGAUGGCACCGCAAGAAUUGAAUUCUGGCAUUCUGACGGAAUGCCGCUGGCUACGUUCAAUGGAUUUGAUUCACCAGUCAUCUGUCUUCGAUGGAAUCCUUCAAAUACAUCUUGUCUAGCACUUUCUCCACAGGAAGAUGUCAAGGAAGAUACCAAGAAUGCUGUUAUAACUGUUAUGCACCCUGCUCUCGAGAGUAUGGUCAAGUAUCAUAUCCCAAAUCACAAUCUUCACGACCAACCACUAGAAGCCAGCUGGACAGGAGAUGCAGAGUUUUUUGUUUGCGGUGGUAACAUUCUUCAAGAGUUCCUCUGUGUCGAAAAUGUUAUUACCCCAGGAAGAAAGUUUGAGACUGCACAAGGGGAAGUGCUUUCCAAGAUUACAUAUGAUCCACGAUCACAUCUACUUGCUACCGCAAGUGAUUCAGGCACUAUAUCCAUUUGGGAUCAAUCUGGGCAAUGCAGAUCGUUCAAUGCACACCAAGGCUUGAUAACAUCUUUAAUAUGGCAGCCUCUUCAAACUCCUCUUGGACCAGCGGAUGAAACAGAACGAUAUCUCGCAUCGGCCGGAGAGGACGGUGCAAUCAGUAUAUGGAACGUUCGAUCGUCAGAUACGAAAUCAAAAUCAUCAAUGACCAUGGGAUCAGCAGUUGUCGCCCUCGCCUUCACCCCAGACGGGGCAUUCAUUGCUGGCGGUACCAACGAGCGAAUACUCAUCUGGAAAGCAGACGACGUCAAUCUGCCGCGUGCAACAUGGACGCGAGGAGACGAGUUGGGAUGGAGAACACCGCAAUCUCACGAUUCUGGAUCAGACGAACAACAAGAGGAUCAAUUCUCUUUGUGCUGGGAUGCUGAUGGGCAGAAACUUGCAUACGGAGUGAAUAGUCGCUUGGCAGUGAUAAAUUUCCGACGAUGAGCACAAGAUCGGAUCAAGCUAUUAAAGUUUUGUUUGUUAUAGACUUAGCAUUUGAAAAUGCAACACACGAUCGACAGUAUUCAGGUCCUACGAGCCAUACCUAGGCCGGACAAGCAAUAUGACUGCAUGGUAUUAUACCCAUCUGCACACCAAUACUACCGCAUCCUGUAAGGGCUGCAACCAGUAAGUGCACAGCGAACACCGAUCCGCGACCCAGUGUGGGACUAUAGGAAGAUCGAAGCGAAGACCAGGAACAGACCUAUAUUGUAGAGUAGGGAAGGAACGAUGUUUGAACGGUUCAAUAGCCAUCUUGUAGUAUAACGAGGCACGCGGGCGUUGGAUAGGAUUGGGAGCGCACGCCAUACCUCGAUACCACAAAAUGGGUGGGCACAUAGUUUUGGCGUAUAGAUAUGUGGUUUUGACAGCA